GGGGAGAGAACCCAGGAAUCCCAGCUCCUAUUCCUUGCAUGCCCAUCUUGCCCCCACCCCGUUCCCAGAGCUGGGGAGAGAAUGUAGGAGUCUUGGCUCCCAGGCCCCCUUCCCCUGUUCUAGCCACCACUGCACAGACUCCCUUUCAAAAUUGUCUGUUUUUCAUGGACUUAGAACUGGGUUGUAGAACUUCUCUUAAGGUCUUGAUGGCUCCCCCAAAAGAGAUGCCUGAUGGGGGGCCAGCAGGACAAUGCAUCUCGAACAUUGAGUCUCCUGCUUUGUCCCCCAGCUGUCAAGGCUCUGUUUGGUAUCACCACUGGCUGAGAGAAAGGACCCAUCUCACUCCCCAUACACUGGAACCCCAGGUUGCAAACCAAACAGAGCAGGUUCCAGUCAAGAGGAGGUUUUGUUUCAAUUUCUUUAUGAAUGCUUCAAGUUUGUUUCAUUCCACCAUCUUACUAACCAAAAUAAAUACAUUGUCUUGGAGGCCAUGGCUUUGGAGGCAGCAAAAGUUUUUAUCCCCCCGACUGGCUGUACCUUUAUUCCCGGUAGCAGGAAAGAAGAAUUCUUGUGAUCUUCUUGCACUAAGUGAAACAGACUUAGAAGAACAGUUUGUAAGAGGUGAUGGCCCAGGAGGUCAAGCAACUAAUAAGACAAGCAACUGUGUGGUCCUGAAGCAUAUUCCAUCUGGGAUCGUAGUCAAGUGUCAUCAAACUAGAUCAGUGGAGCUGAACCGACAGAGAGCCAGAGAAAUCCUGCAGCAAAAAGUUGACCUCUUUUACAAAGGUGAAAAUAGUAACAUUUUUAAAGAGAAAAGAGCAGCUGAGAAGAAAAAGCAAGAAAAGAAAAAAAGAGCAAAGGAGACUCUAGAAAAGAAAAGGCAUAUUAAAGAAAUGCAAGAAUCAGAUGCCAAAUAAGUGUGAGAGAAAAUAUCGAUUUGGCUUGUCAGGAAAAGAGUGUUUGUCACUACCCUUGAAACAUGUGUUAAAAGUUUUCUGGCUUAAUACUGUUAUAAGACUUCAUAAUAAACACUAUUAAAAUGUUGAGUUUAGUGACCUGCUAUUAGUGCAAGGCUAAAGUAUUUAGCCCAACGUUAAUAGCAGUCAUAUAUUUCAUCUUCUACUGUGGACAUCCCAGUACACUCAGAUUCAAUAUAAUCAGUUCAUUUGUGCCAAGUUUAGGACAGGUGUGAUAAGAAAACAAGAUCCAUAAGAUCUUAAGUAAAUAGAUGUUACAGGAAAACUCCAUCCAAUAUAGUUAAUGGAGGGGGAAAAAAUAAAACUCAAGCACAAAAGCGUUAGAGAUUGUGUCUAAAUCUUCUCACAGUGAGGGGAGAAUAUUCUCAGCUGAUUAAGUCACAUAAAGAAUGAGGACUUCUCCUGAAACAUAGUCGGCCUUAUCCUAUAGUCCCUACUCAAGCAACUUUUUCAUUUAAAUCAGAAUCCCCUUUAUAAAUUAGAGUAGACAGAUUGGUUUUUUUUUUUUAAAUAGCUCAUCCAAACAAAAAACUUGGUUCUAGUAGGGUUGUCAAUUAAUUGCAGUUAAUGCAAGCGAUUAAUGCAAAACAAUUAACAUGAUUUUUUAACGAGUUAAUCGCACAGCUUUGUUUUGACCAUCUUCACUUACUGUACUACAUUACUUGGUGGACAUUGGCACAGUUCUACUGUGUUUUCAUGAUCUAGAGUGAUUAAAUAUCAGAAAAAGUUAAUGGAGCAAAGCAACAAAAGUUUAGGUCUUUUGAAUGGGAAGUUUAUUUUUAAGAAACUUCUGGAUGGUUCUCUGGAUAAAAAGACAGUUAUCUGUAGCUAUUGCAAGGCUGAGUUCCAGUACCAUUGAAGGACUUCGUCUGCAGUACACAUAUGCGCUAAACAUGCUUUCGCCUCCAGUUCUUGUGCUACAGAUAACCCAUUGACAGCAAAUGAUUCCUGCCAGCCGCGACAGAGUAGGCUUUCAGAGUUUCAGGAUUCCUACAAGCCCAUGGACCAAACAAAGUACAACAAUUUAACCAAUGCUAUUGCAAAGUGGAUAGCUAUGGACUGCAG